AUGGUUUUCAAGAAACUCCCAGACGGGGCCGUCUACAACGGCGAGUGGCACAACUGCCAGCCCGAAGGCUACGGGGCGAUGACCUACACCGACGGCUCACGAUACGAAGGCACCUGGCAUGAGGGCCAACGGGACGGCACGGGCAAAUACGUCUGUCCAGACUACGAGUUCCACGGCACCUGGCGACACAACCGACCCAAUGGACAGGGGGUCAAGACAUGGAAGACGGCAGGCGUGUAUGACGGGUGGUUUGUGAACGGGCUUCGCGAAGGUUCGGGCACCAUGACAUGGACCAAGACGGGGAGAAAAUACACUGGCCAGUGGAGGGGUGACCGCAUGAACGGGCGUGGGAUAUGCCACUGGCCAGAUGGGACGUGGUACGACGGGGAAUGGAGCGUCCUGGAUGGGGAGAGACAUGGUCAUGGCAAGUAUACGUAUGCGGACGGGUCGACGUAUACGGGGCUGUACCAGAAGGGACUGAAGCAUGGGGCGGGGGUUUUGGUGACUACGACGCAUGUCUACAGAGGGACUUGGAAGGAGAACAGGUUUGAGGGGGAAUUUACUGUCACAGUGCGGGCCACUGGGGUCAAGUCCAAGGUGCGGUAUAAGAACGGGAAGAAACAGUAG